AUGCCUGAAUGGGAAUUAAGUGAUCAAAAAAAUUGGUUGAGAGGCCAAACACCCGACGAUAUCCGGGAGCGCUGUCUGACUCUGUGUCGCGAGUAUAUCGGAGACAUUUGGCUCCGGGUCUCACUCAACGAGAUUGUUGUCAACCGUAUUAGCGGUGGACUCACUAAUCAGCUCUACUAUUGCGCCACCGAUAAGACUCCAGCGGCCGAUCAUAGUGGAGAUGUGCCCCGAGAGGUGGCCAUCAGGUUAUACGGCGCCAAACAUUUCAAUAAUGAUGAUAAUGACGGCAAUGAGAGGCUCACGGAUGUAGUAAUCGCUCUCCUGGUGUCGGGCACUUUGGGACCAAAACUUUAUGGUAUCUUCGAUGGCGGACAGAUCCAGAAAUAUUAUAAACACAGAAGUUUUCGCGGCGAAGAGCAGAAAAACGCUCAACUGGUGGACCAAUUGGCCCGAAAGUUGGCCAGAGUUCACGCGCUGGACGUACCCCUGAAACGGGUGGGGAACUGGAUAUUUGACUCGUUUGACAGGUAUUACAAAGAGUCGACCGAUAGGUUUGCUUUGAAGGCAUUGAUCGACGAAUGCCAUUGCGAGACAUUGAAGAGACACGAUCUCAAGACAGAGCUGGAGUGGCUCAAGAGUGCUAUACUGGGCACCGAUAGCCCGAUCACAUUCACGCACAUCGACUUCCGGGGCUCAAACAUAAUGGUGUGCGAACCGGACGACGAGCUCGUGUUUUGCGACUUCGAGUACUCGGGUUAUGGCUAUCGCGGGGCAGACUUUGGCACCAUAUUUGCCGAAUGGAACGGUAAGCUGUGGUCAGAGCCCCAUAUUUUGCACAACUUUCCCGACGACCAGACAAUCGCGCCGUUCAUCCGCUCCUAUANAACGACAAUCGCGCCGUUCAUCCGCUCCUAUAUCGACGAGUCGACGAAAGCCAUGGGUUCGGCCUUUUCUGACCGCAAAUGCAAUUCAUUUGAUAAUAUCCUGAGAGAAGUGAAGGUGUUUUCGUUGGUCUCAAACAUGUUCUUCAUUAUAAUGGCUAUUAAAUCGGAUAAACACUUCUCCGGCGAAGACCAGCCCUUUGAUAAGAAGGGAUCGAUGUUUGUUGAGCAAUGGUUGCAUAGUCUGUUGCCAUACUUCAUAACCCUUUACAUUAAGAUGGACUCUAUCGGCGACGUAUAG